AAGAAAAUACGAAUCAUCACGAAGCCAUGGGAAGAUUUCUUCAUCUGGUCCAAGUUAGGCAACACAAAAUAAGAGGAAUAUCAAAAAUGAAAAAUAAAAAAUGUCAAUAAUAAAUACUCCAUAGGGGUUACGCAACUGGUCAAAAGUAGCAGGUGCAAUUGUACAAAGCAGGCAGUUCUACUCUACAUAGACUAAUAAAUUGGGAGGCUCGAUUCGAUUCCCAUUCAAAACCGCCGAAUACAGAGUUGAAACUUCAUUCAUAUAACAGUUUUUCAGGAGUUUUCGAGCCUGUUCCAAGGUUGGACUUGGACGAGUCAACAGGUGAUAUGGAAAGAAAUUUGGUCCAACCAUUGGUUGCAGUAGCUCUUUCAGCUGUAAUUUCCACCAGGUCAUAUAAAAAGAAGUCCCUUGACCUUUCUGGAGCUCUUUCUGGUUUUGCUGUCAUGACGAUUCAUAUUGCCGUCAAUUACAGGUUCGGUGCUCUGUUACUUGGCUUCUUUGUUACUUCUUCAAUGUUAACGAAAGUUGGAGAGGACAAAAAGAAGAAAGUUGAUGCAGAUUUUAAGGAGGGUGGUCAACGCAACUGGAUACAAGUUUUUUCUAAUAGUGGUAUAGCGACAAUUUUAGUCCUGAUUGCUUGGACACAGGUGGGCAUGCAAGACUUUUGUCUAAAUUCAAAAGAAUCACGUCUUAUGACCUCUCUAGCUGGUGGUAUUCUUGGUCACUACUGUUGCUCAAAUGGAGACACAUGGUCUUCUGAGCUCGGGGUUCUCAGUGAUGAGCAGCCACGGCUUAUUACGAACUUCAAGCCAGUUCAGAAGGGUACUAAUGGUGGGGUGACAAAGGCAGGAUUUCUUGCUGCUGCAGCUGCAGGCUCUGUGCUUGGACUUACAUUUGUUAUCUUAGGAUUUCUCACUACCAGCUGCACUUUCAAUGUAGCUAUGAAGCAGCUAUUGUUGAUACCAGUUUCAGCUCUUUCUGGGUUGUGUGGAAGUGUUAUCGAUUCUUUAUUGGGAGCAACCCUCCAAUACAGUGGUUUCUGCAGUGUCCGAAAGAAGGUUGUUAGUAAAGCAGGAGUGACCGUGAAGAGGAUCUCCGGUCUUAGCAUACUCGACAAUAAUGCUGUAAAUUUCGUGUCGGUUCUGUUGACGACUGUGCUGACUUCCAUAGCUUGUUCAUGCAUAUUCUAAAGUUUGUUCAUCUUCGAUUGGUUUUGAGGGUUAAGAUCUUGAAUUCCACGUGUAACAAAUAAUUUGGGUGCAUGAUUUCAAUCAAUUAAAUGUUUCCGCAA